UUCUGGCUGCGACUUCUUGAGUCUUGAACGAGCAGGUCUAUGCAAUCUUUUAAGAAAGAUGUCAACGACACCUUUAAGAAUAGAAGAUGGUAUUCGGCCUCGAGAUUGGCAACCGCGAAGAUCGAGUUAUAAAGUACCUUUGAGAUUGAUGCGAUUAUGUUUGCUAGGAAUGCUUUUGCCGUUAGGAUUCAUUGCUGGGCCGCUAUAUCUGCGAUACCGCGUGUACUCCGAACAGCUAUAUGCUUUAGCAAUAUCGGAUCAAAGACUGAUUGAUAACAAAAUAUCUACCAUUUGGUGUCAAAGCCAAGUAAUCAAAGUUAAUACCACGUUCAAUGCGUACCUAAUGAGUAACGAGCCAGUAGUUGAAAAGGAGGCGAUACCCAUUUCGAUGACGAGACACCUCAUCAUGGAGGACGACAUGAAGGAAUAUUGGGGAUUUUAUCUUCUGCAUGGCAGUAGUGUCACUGUUUCAGCUUGUGUAAGAUGGCCAGGUGCUUCUUUAACAAUAAUUCGUGGAUUCAAGAAUUUACAUGAGUGUGCCUUCAUCGGAGAUGACAGUAGCGAGGAACUCGAGGAACUCGUUGAAGUCGCUAACGAAGAAGGUCUUCUUGAUAUAAAAGGCACUACGGAGGCUGCACGUCUUAGUAAUGUACCUGACAAAAUGAGACGAGCAGACCAGGACGUACAUUUUUAUCAUGAAGCUAGAGCUCUUCGUUUGAACGGUUCCAGAUCAUCUGGACAUCAGUUAGCCAGUCACGAAUUGGAUGCUGAAGCGAUGCGUAAUAUACUCACCCAGAUUUUGGCCAAAACCGAUUACACAAGGAAGAAGCAGAAAAAGAAUUUGCAUCAUCAUUAUGAAGCAGUCUUUAGGGAUAUCACUAAUAUAGAUAAACCAGCGACAAAUUAUCCUACAAAUUUACAAGAUCAGCAUCGAGCGAAGCAAAUAAGCAAAUUUAACGACAAUAAAAAGAUAUCAGAAAAUAAUACCAAAUUUACGCCAUUGUCUUCAAAAGUACCAGUUUCCCUUCAAGAAGAACAAUACAACCACAAAGAAUCUAAGGCCCAACAGAAUUCUACGUUUUCUCCUAAUCUCCGUUCAAAUUCUACAACAUCCAACGGGCAAGUGGAGUCUAGUACAGUACAGGAAAUUGUGAAAGAACAAAAGGAAUCGAAACCCGAACAGACAAAUUCAGAAGAGGUGUUUCAAGAUAUCCUGCGAAAAAUCAAUUCCUUAGGUACCCGCGGUAAACAAAUGUUGCAUAAAUUAAUGGAUACAAUUGAUACACAAGCUGGUGUCAAAGGCGUCGCGUUGAAACAAUUGGUGAACGACACGAUGAACGACAAGAAAUUGUCGAGUGAAGCUAAACGGAGAAGAAGAAGAGAUUUGGUCCUUUCGUCGCCGCUUUAUCAAGAACUAACAGAGGAGGACGAAGAUGGCGACGUAGCAUUAGAAGAGGAUAUGUUGCAUCCAGAUGGUAUUGCAGAAGAUCGAGGUACUGUAAACGAAACAACUCUGAAUGACAGAAGUAACUCCGAGUUCUGGAGCUCGUUUAGCAGUUCCGAAGAACGGCUAUUGGAAUGCAAAGGUCUUAUUCUGAAUUUACCUUUAACACCGCAUCGGUUUUGUACACCUAAACACGAAAAUGAUCAUUCUACAGCUUCCUUCGCCAAUACGGUGACAUAUAGAGUACCUCUAAAUGGAUAUUACUUCUUUGUUUUUAAUUCGGAAAAUGAAGUCCAACCUAAUUAUGUGAGAGUGAAAUUUGAUCUUUUAAAGACUGUCUACAAUACAUCGAAUCCCGUGCACGCGUGUCAAAACAGCACGACGGAGUGCUCGUUGCCUUUUAAAAUAUUCAGUAAUGAAAGAACGGUAUUAGAACUGCCAUUAAAUGGAAAUGACUCGCAAUGGAAUGAAGAAUAUAUUGGUGUGUCUGUGUGCGAACCAAGAACGAUGGUUUACAGCAUUUGUGUUAUCAUGGUACCUUUGCUGAUUCUUUGCUUUGCUUUUCACUAGUAGAUUGUUAUUAACAGUAUUUAUGUACAUAAUACAUAUUUUUGUUGACGUAAUUAAUAAUAUCAUUAUUCUACCAAUCAUUUGAGAAAGGAAGGAUUUUGAUAACAAUGACAAUAAUAAUUUAAUAUUUUUUAUUAUUAUUAAUUAAAUUAAUCAUAAAAAAUAUUAAUACUAUUUUUAUUUU